AUGUCUACUUGUCAUACAUCACCAGCAUCUCACAAUUGUUCUUCGAAUGAUAAUCUUGAAACAUUUAAUCUAUUUUGGCUUGAUGCGUCGGUAAAUAAAACUGCGGAAAAUGUAGCUGCUCAAUCGAAGCUUCGAUCUAUUAUCAAUUAUCUUCGAACAUUCGACGUUGAUUCCGUCUGUGAACGACAAAUUCGAGCAUUAUCAUCGGAUGAUCGACUUGUCCUGAUUGUUAGUGGAGGUUUGGGACGAGAACUUGUUCCACGUAUUAUUGAUUUACCACAAGUAUCAUCGAUUUAUGUUUAUUGUCGUGAUAAGCAACGUAACAAAGAAUGGGCUGAUGGAUUCGAUAAAGUUCGAUUAGUAACAACAGAUAUUGAUAAACUCAUUCAUCAUAUUAAAUCUGAUCAAAUACGUGAAAUUGAAAGACAUGAAGAACCAUUGAUCUUUUCAAUCUCCAAUCGAUCAACUGGAGCUAUUGAUGGAGAAUUUUUACAUUCACAAUUAUUGAUCGAUGUUCUCAUUCGAAUGAAAUCGUGUGAAUCAGCGAUCGAUGAACUCUAUUGUUUUCUUGCUCUUUAUUACAGUGGAAAUAACAGUGAAAUGAAUAAUUUAAAAGAAUUUCGAGAAACUUAUCAACCAAACAAAGCAGCAUUUUGGUAUACAAAACAAUCAUGUAUCUAUCGACUAUUAAAUACAGCAUUACGUGUAAAAAAUUCUCGUAUUCUUCUUGCUUUUCAUUUCUUUAUUCGUGAUCUUCGACAACAACUUGCACAAUAUCAAUGUUCAUCACCAGUUCGAGUCUAUCGAGGACAAAUGAUGUCCAAAGAAGAGCUGAAAAUAUUGAAAAAUUCUGUUGGAAAAUUAAUCUCAAUGAAUUCAUUUAUCUCGACUUCAAUGAAUCGAAAAGUGACUACUAAGUUUAUGAAACCUUCUCCUAAUAUGGAAAGAAUCUUAUUCGAGAUUGAUGCUCAACCUCAAAUGACCGGAGGCAAACCUUUUGCUCUUAUUCGUGAUUUAAGUGACUUUAAAAAUGAAGAUGAAGUACUCUUUAUGUUAGGAUCAAUCUUUCUAAUGAAUUCUAUUCAUCGUCAGGAUGAUGGUGUUUGGGUUAUUCAAAUGACUUUAUGCUCAGAUUAUGAUCAUGAUCUUAAGAAUCUUUUUGAGCAUAUGAACAAAGAACUCUAUGGAAAAGAUGUAACGCUUCUUUCAUUUGCAGAUGUUUUACGACGAAUGGGAAAAUUUGAUGAUGCUGAAACAUACUAUCGAUGGUAUCUCCAAGAAUUACCCAAUGGUCAUCCAAAUAUAGCCAAAUGUUAUCAUGGUCUUGGUCAUGUAGCGAUGGAUAAAGGAGAUUAUAAACUCAGUCUGGAUUUAUUUGAUAAAGCACUUCAUCUUUUUGAAAAUGCACAUGAUCAAACGAUGAUUGCUGAUACUUAUCAUAGUAUUGGACUAACCUAUAUUCACAAAGGUGAUCAUAUGGAAGCAAUCGAAUCCUAUGACAAAGCAUUGACCAUUUAUAAACAAGAAUUCGGCGAAGAUCAUCAAAAUAUUGCUAUAUGUUUGGAUGGAAUGGGUGGUGUCUAUGGAAAAAUGGAGAAAUAUACUGAUGCACUAUAUUUCAAAGAUAAAGCUUUAGUCAUUUGGCAGAAACAUCUUCCACCUGAUCAUCCGGAUUUAGGUCAAUCACAUACUUGUAUUGGUAAUACGAAUAUCUCUCUAGGUCAAUAUGAUAAUGCCAUGGAUAAUUUCAACCAAUCAUUGGCUAUCUAUCAAAAAUCUCUUCCUCCAGCACAUCCUCGACCGGCAAUGACAUUGAAGAGCAUGGGUAUUGUUUAUGAAAAGACAGGCAAGUUCCAAGAAGCAUUGUCGUAUUACAACAAAGCAAAGGCAAUCUAUCAGCACUUGAUGUUGCCUGCAGAUCAUGCCGAUGUUUUAGAUAUUGAAGCCAAAAUUAAAAAUAUAUCGAAAUGA